GAAGCGAGCAAGGCGAGCGCCAGUCAGGACCGCGCCUCCAUUGCGAACGGCGCCUCGCCCGCCAUUUUGUAAAAUUGUGUACGUUGAAGUAAUUACAAUGCCGAAGAUAAAUCGUACGUACUGCGCUGUCUACGGCUGCCUUAGCAACAAUAUCAAGAAUCCGGAUUUUUCGUUCUUUUCGAUCCCUUCUAAAUACGAAAUACGAUUACGCUGGCUUCAAGUAAUGGCCCGCAUGGACCUGAUAGGCAGCUAUCGCUACCACCGAGUGUGUGAAGAGCAUUUCCAGCCGGAGGACAUCUUGCUGAAGUCCACUAGACGGUUGCUGAAGAAGAACGUUAUGCCGACUUUGAAGCUGCCUGUUACCUCUGCCGUUGCCCAAACGCCUGCAGAAGAAACAGUAGAAAUCAAGCAUGAAAUAGAAGAUUCCUUCUCAGAACACGAAGAUGAUAUACUGGAGGCCCUGGAAAACAGAAAACGACAGAACGAGUCUGAUCCUUUAGGUGAACCCAGUAAGAAAAUUAAAGAAGAAAAUCCAGACCCCGAAGAACUUAAUUUAGAUGAUUCUCCAAAAUCUGUGUUUAGUGAGAUGAUAGAAGAAAUGCAGAAAACAAGGUGUUUUGUUUCACAACAGGACGAAGAUGAAAUGGAAACUACACCACCUGAAAUGACAACAGUGCAGUCAAUAACAGAAGCCAGCCAGAAAUUUAAUUUUAAACCGAAGCAUAAUGUAAUACCUGAUAUUCCUUCAGUAUCAAAACUUAAAGAAUUGAAUACACCACCUGAAAUAACAGUAGUGCAGCCAAUAACAGAAGCCAGCCAGAAAUUUAAUUUUAAAUCUAAGCCUAUUCUAUUACCUGAUAUUCCUCCAGGAUCAAAACUUAAAGAAUUGUUGACUGUAGACGUGAAAAAUAACAAGCAAGAAAAAGAGGUAUUUCCUAAGGAUUUCAUGAAGUCUGUGCUGAGUUCUCAGGAGGAGAUCCUGACGAUAUUGAAGAGCCAGGUGCUGCUAGAGAACCCUGAUCCCGAUUUGCUGACGUUUCUCAGGUUAGUAGGAAUGAAGCUUUCUCGACUCUUUCCGAUUGAAAGGAGAGAGAUGCAGAAUCAGAUUAUUAAUAUUUUAAAUAAAAAAUAAUAUAUAGUGUUCAUUACUGACUUAUAAAUCUGACGUUUGACAAUGAUUAAUGUCAAAAAAAAUUAUACUUAUUAAAAUUGGAUUUGUUGUCUUUCGUAUUAAGAAUUCCUUGUAAUUUAAAAUAAAACAAUAUAUAAGUAGCAA